CAAAUAGAUUUUAUUUAAACCAUAUGCAUGUAAAAUUCUUUUCUCGGAAAAACAUAUAUACUAAAAAGAGGGAAAACCAAACAGGGCCACUACCCACACCAGAAUGUGACACGCCCUUGACUGAACUCCACAAGACCACAACCUUGUUCUUUCUUGUUCAUUCGCUGAAGCAAUCUGGUUAUUCUCCUGAUAAGAAAUAGCAGAGUUGUUGCAUGCUCUGGAUCAUUUGGGGAUCAGCACUUGAUUUUGCUGAUUUUGUUUGGUUUAGCUGACACCUGGGUGACUGAGACCCUGUUCAUCUGUUCUUGUCCACUUCACUUCUAUAGGAUCGAUUCAAUCAGUCAUCUUGCUACCCUGCACAGAUUGGAUUGGGUUGGGCUGGGAUUGGACUAGAGGAUUGGGUUCUUGACUGCAAUGCUGAAGAGGACGGCAUCAGGAGGAGCUGCUGCGGCAAUGGGGUGUGGUGACCCCGUAUCGCCCUCACCUCCCACCACCAAGGUCGCCGAGGGCGGCAGGCCGGCCUCUCUGCUGCUCUCCACAAGGUCGCUCCCGGGCCUCUUCUCCGCGGACGCCCCCAUGAGCCCCACCUCCAUGCCUGAGCAGUCCAAGAACCUGACUUGCUCUGGCGCGAGGAACGGCGGCAUCGGCAGGUGCGGUUCCUCCCACUGCGGCGGCAUCGGCAGCGCGGCCACCGGCCUCGCCAGUGUGCUCGUCGCCGGCGAGGCCGACGACGGGGCCUACCGCAACAGCGGGAGGGUGCUCCUCGGGAUGCGGCUCAGGGUGCAGCUGUCGCCGCCGCCCGGUAAGGGGCCCCGCGGCGGCGACCUCCCGGGCUCGCCGAUCGAGUUCGGCAUCAAGAACAGGGAUGCCCAGCUCGCGCUGCUCUCGCCGGUGCAGCGCUCGCCGCUGUCGUCGGCGGCGGCGAGGCUGGCGCGGAGGAGCGAGGUGGAGGAGCUGGCCGAGGAGGACUACACCUGCGUCAUCGCCCGGGGGGCCAACCCCAGGAUGACCCACAUAUUCGAGGACCGCGUCGUCGAGAGCCGCGCCGGCGCCGGAGAUGGCGGUGGUGGCGAUGCCUGGGCGCAGAGGUGAGGGAGGAGUCUGCAGCAGCCAAUACCACUAUGAAGAGGUGCAGCAGCCAAUACACAGUCUGCAUCGGUGAAACUGAAGCCCUGAAUUUUAGCAGAGCCUAUAUGCUGAUUGUUGAGUGACAAAUUAUUACUCUCAUCGUGAGAAAUUUUGAUCCAAAAGGACGUACGAUCUGUUCCUGUGCAGACCAAUAUUAUCCAUUUCUGUUUGCAGUUUUUUUGUUCGGUAAUCAUGAGAAAUGUUGAGCAGUUUCUCC